UUUUGUACUGUCUGCGCACCUCCCUAUAGAGAUCCCAGUCCGCACCUUGCCUGCUGUUCCUCGCUGUAUUGAACAGCCUCGGCACUUUCCUCCUGAGACGCUCCAGGGAAGAGCUCAACCAAGGAGUCCUCCCCGCCCUAUGCUCCUCUGUCUCAGGGCAGCUAUUCUCGAACGCCCGUAUCAUAGCGGAGCUGACUCGGUCGGCGGCCUCGUCAAUCUCCUCCAUUGUCCGGUGUUUCCUUGGUAAGCCCACUAGGCGCCAAGCGAGCUCCUCUCUAUAGAGUUCCCAGUUUGUUGCCCGGGGAUUCCUAAAUCUAACGGGUUCCCGAACAUCCAUCUCCAACCCAAAGGUGAUGUAUCUAUGGUCCGACAUAGAGUCCUCCCCACAGACACACCACCCAGUUAUCUCCGGGAGCAGAGCCCUGGUACAAAGUGUUAAGUCUAUGACCGAGCUCCGACCCGUCGUGAAAAACGUGAGUUAUACCCCUCGGUUGGCCACCUGCAGCCCUGCCGAGGCCAUGAACUCCACCAGGUCUCCCCCUUCUAUUCGUUGCCGCGCUACCCCACGAAACCUGGUGAGCAUUGCUGUCGCAGCCAAUCAAAAGAGGAAGAUUCGCCUCCUCACAGUAGGAGACCAAGUCACUAAUCUCCUGCGGAGGACAGCUGCGGUCACCUGGAAAGUACGCAGAGGCGACUACUACCUCCCUCACGCCGUCCCAAGUGGGGGAUCUGACCAGAAUUGGAACCAGGUCCCUGGACGCCUUGUCCCUUAGCCCCAUGGUAGUAUACAGGCCCUGGGACCGCCCUCUAAGGAGUCGACACUAUGCAGCAUCGAUCCUCCCAGAGAUAAGUCCCUAACGCUUGAUUUUACAAUCCAGGGCUCUUGGAUCAGUACAAUGGAUGUACCGCCCUCCGAAAUUUUCCUGCAUAAGUGGGCCGUUGCAGCCCUGCUGUGUUGCAGGUUAAUCUGUAAUAUCCCCGUGAUCAGCGGGAAUACCACCUGCGGGUCACGAUGCUACCUCAGCCCGAAUCCGAGCCCGCAACUUUUGAAAAACUAUUUAAAGAGAAUUUUACGCCAGGCAUAUUAUUAAAAAUAAAAUAUUAAUAUUGCUAAUAGUUCCAGAAGAAACAUUUAAAAACUAAAACCAAAUUGCAAAACAAAAAAGAAUUGUUUAAUUUAGUUUUACUUUAUUUCGUACUCGUCGCUUUAACACUUUCUUAAACGAUUGUGCAGUAUACACAUAACAAUCUAAUUUCUAAAUAAAUAGAAAGAAAGGAAACAUUUUUUUGCAGAAAAUUAAAAAUUUACCUUUUGUUUUUUCUUGGCUUUUAUGAUCUUUUCUCAUAAUUUCAAAAAAUUUCGGAGUUUUGUUCGUAAAAAUGUGUAUACUAAGUUUAGGUUUAGGAAAUUCUUAAUAAAAGUGACAGAUCAUCAAUAGUAGCAAUUAAUGGAAACAUAAUAUACGAGGUGUUCCAUUUAAUUUUUUCACGAAAAUGAAGAUCUUUUAUUUUGACUCACCCUGUAUAAAUGAUUCGAACUAACUUUAAGGUAUGUAUAGUUCUAAAGUUGUUGGUAUAUUAAAAUUACAGCUGUCGGAAACGGCUUGGGAAACAUAAGAUAUUAAACACAGGGUAUUUUUGACAAAAAAAUGGCCAUAAAUCCGAAAACAUUCAAUAUAGAACAUAACCUAUAUGAGCGAUUGCGUAUAAAAGGACGUAUCUGUUAAUGCCAUAGUAUACAGUGUUCCGUUAAGUUUGAUUUCCCAUAUAUUUAUGAAUCAUUGUAUAUUUUAAAAUUAUUUUUGUAGUCUUAUCUAUAACUUCAACUGGGGAAUGUGAGGAUGAAGCUACCACCACACCACAAUUGCAAUACACGUAUAUUAUCCGAGCCUUUAAUUAAGUUUUUAACACUACCCAACUACUGAACCAAUAUUCAUUGUUACAAGGGACUCAUUCCAUUUGACUGCAACUUAUACUCGCGAUGUUAGCGAUUUCAGAAAUCGCGAUGCAAUCUCUGCCUCCCACUUUUACAGAAAAUGUCUCGUAAAUAUGUUUCCGAUGCCACAGAAUAAGUACCAUAAUCAGAAUAAAUUCGAGAGCAAAGCGAUAAAACGUCGCAAAACUGCAAGAUAGGCUUUGGCGAUCAUAUUGGUGAGUCGAGGUUAAGAUUGUUUAGUUGCUUAUAGAUUUCUAUAGAUUCUCGGAUUUUUCGUUGCAACUGCUUUUUUCUCUAAUAAUUUCCACAUUACAGAUAUUAAGCGUUCCAUCACAAAACACACUUCAUCACAACCCUUGCCACUGUUGUCCUUGAAAACAUCACUGACCACGUGUCAAAGGUUAUGAAAUAUAACGUCAAAACUAGAUUGACCACUUGUUCAAGAAUUCUCAACAUUUUCGAUCCGUCAAAUACAAAAAUUUCUUUUCAGACAACAGUAGUUUACAGAAUUCCGUGCAUAUGCGGCAAAAUAUAUCUUAGGGAGACCGAACGAAAAAUAUCAACUAGGCUCAAACAACAUGAAAGACGACAAAUAAACUCAUCAGCAGUUAUCCAACACAAUCACGAAACCAGACAUCAAAUUUUAUUCGAUAAAACUCAAAUUCUUACAUGCAAUCAAUUCUUCUACUAACGAAAAAUCCGAGAGUCUAUAGAAAUCUAUAAGCAACCUAACAAUCUUAACCUUUCACGAAUAUGGGAAUGAGUCAUCCGAGACAGCGUUCGUGCCUCCUUUAGCUCCGCCCUUCUCAAACAAUAUAUGAGCAGGAACAGAGUCGAAAGCGAGCCAUUUUUUGAACAAGGAUGAUUGACGAAAUAUGAGCAAGUCCACUUCAUUAACAACCGACGAAGCAGGAAAUCAGAAGAUUUGUAAAUAGUAUUACCUGUGGAGGUAUCUUUGAAAAACUAUGCUUUGGAAUUUUUUGUACUGCUAAUAUGGCGCGCAGUUAUAGUGAACCACAAAAAACCUAUCCUGACAUUUCCGAAAUCCUUCGCCUCGGAGACAGGUGCCACAAGAACGUAUAAUUUUCCGUACUAUCCUUAUAUAUACCGCAGUGUAGAUUAGUGCGAUGGGUUUUAAAAUGGGUUUCGCCACCCGAUACCCUAAUAUCUGGCGCUCGUUGGUGAUUUGCACGUGCGAUCUCGGGCGCCACUCAUCCUUUAUAGAGGACGUGCGGGGUGCGGUAAGAGGGGUUGAAGCUACGUAAUGGCACGGGACGGCGGAAACGCGGGAAACGGUAAGAGGUGACGAUCGUUUUCCCCUAUUCGAUCAGAAGGACGCAACGGCGGACAGCGGUAACUUACCGGAGUCGGCGCGGCGUAAUGGUGGCUUGCUUAUUAGUCGGUUGGUGGCUGGUGAGAACCCGGUGAAAUAAUCGGUUGUUUGAGCUGCCACUCGGCACUGCCGGACACGGGCUGCAACCGCGAGUUUUAUGCCCGACGGGUGGAGAUAUUUCGGUGGGGAGCAGGAUAUGAGCCGCAAUAAGAUAAUAAACCAAUUAAUUAUUUUCAUUACGGAUGGACUUGUGUCGCCCCACUUUCACCUGCGUAAGUCCUAAACCUACUAAAACAAAGUAACUUAAGUUACAGUAUCUAAAAUCAGUACAUGGCUAUAUUACUUGAACAUUCCCAAAAAAAUUUUAAUUCUUUUAGAAAGGAAGGCUGGGAUAUUGUACAGGAUGUCCUCGCUGGAGCGGGUAAGGAGAACUUAAACCUGGAUGACAGAUGAAAUCUUUAAGCUCUGAAAAGUACAUAGAAAUAGAAGAACUUGACACAAAAUAUCACAGCUUAAACUUGCAUAAGAAGAUCAAAGAAAUUACCAUACACCGGAGGAGUACCCAUUCACAUAUUCUGAAAGAUAGCGAGGGAUAUAUAAUUGGAGAUACAAAAGAAAAAAUUGCGGAAUGGACGAAAUAUAUUCGGCAGUUGUUCCAUGACAACCGAGCGGACCUAACAGUUAAUCCCUGAUGAAAUUCAAAUUGAACUAAUAAAACUUAUUGAUUUAGAUGUCGAUGUUAGCGUACACGUAACAAACUAAAAGAAAUUAUUGUUAUCCAUAUUUAAAACACAUAACUGUGAUCCUAGGUGUAGGAUACUGCGCGAAAAUUUUAAGUACGACCUGGUAUCGACGAAAUUUUCAGACGCUCUCUUGCCGUUUCGACACCUUGCGAAGAACAUUAAAUCUUAUACAGUUCGAGAAGUGAAGUUAGUGGUUAACUCCUUCAGUUUUGAAGACCUGGGGCCCCAGAAGCAGAACAUCAACAGCUAACGGUGGUAGCUGUUUCGGUUAUUGCCAUUGUGUGUUGCGCAAUUCUACUUAUGAAAUUAUCCUUUCGGUCAUAAUGUUGUACACAGAGAAUAAUUAAAUUCAAGGAAGCUUACAGUGCUCUUGCGUAUCCGAGUUUUCGAACCGCUGUGUGCCAACAGUCAAUGUUAGUCGACCUGUUUAACACCAUUUAUCAGACUGGCGCAAUACCUGGACAAGGGCUUCAGUCGACUUUCGUUGGGACCCCUAAGAAGUCAAAUGCCAUAACCUGUACUGACCAUCGAACCAUAUCCUUGAUAAAACGUUAAAAGUGUUUCUUAAGGUUAUCCACAACCAAAUUUUUAGGUUUCUCGUAACGGGCAUAAGUAACACUCAGUUCGGUUUUAGAAAUAAGUACAAGAGAGGCACUGUUUAACACGAAUGUCUUAGCGCAUACAUGUCUUGACAUGAAUCAGAAUAUGUACCUAGGGUUCAUUAACUUCGAGAAAGCGUCCGCACUAAUAGACAUUCUAGUGGCUGAAAACAUUAAGAUCCACGAUAUCAACAUAAAUAAUAUCAAUACUGUAGUGGAAUCAAACCGUUUAACUCUGGAUGGAAGAUCAAUAUACCGAAGGUAUUAAAAUAUUGAGGGACGUACGGCAGGGUUGUGUUCUGUCACCACUGCUUUUCAAUCUCUGUAGCGAGGCCAUGUUCCAACAAGCACUGGCCGAUUGCAAAACCUAAGUCCACACCUACGGCGUUAAAUAUAUGCAACAGCAACAGCAAGGCCUUCAGCAAUUGCUUCAGAUACACGCACAGCAACUACCUCACGGUGCUCCCAUGGGACCCCAUCCCGGACUGCCUGGGAUGGGUCCCGCGGCAGCCAAUUUGAUGGGAUUCGGCACAGUGUUACCUACAGGUGCUGGGUCUCACCCGGGGAUGGCGCACCCUCUGCUAAAACCCGCCGAACACCAUUCAAGGACUUCCGAAAGGCCGAAUAGCGCGGCUGCUUCUGAAGAACGACUGAACUCCGUUUCUCCUGGCGAUAAAGACAAUUACAGAUGUAGGUCACCGCCUGAGAUUGAGGCAAACGUUAAACGAAGAAAAGACGACAAGUCCGGCCAUGUAAGCUUUGUUUUGGUUUGCCGAUUUUUAAUUUGCAAAUCGUCUCUUGCUUUACAGGAUAGUGACGGCGAGAAAAGCGAUCAAGAUUUGGUUGUGGACGUAGCCAAUGAAGAAGCCGCGUCUCCGCGAACCAACGGGGAUCAUCUCCCGUUAGGAAAUUGCGGUGACAUCAGGGAAAACGGCAGCACAAACGGUGAGAAAAUCAAGGUGGAAAGACCACUAAGCAGAAGCGGAUCGUCGUCUUCGAGAAGUACACCUUCGUUAAAAACCAAAGACGAAAAACCUCUAACUCCUGGAGGUGGAAAACCUAGAUCGACAACGCCCAAUUUCGGUCAACCGCCGGGUGGAGGUAAAUGUUCUGCCAGUGGGUCGUUGGUUGUGGGUCAGUAUCCAUCAUAUCCCAGAACACAGGACCAUCUUGCCUCUUAUGGUCAGGCUACGCCAUAUAGUCGACCACCAGCCAUGGGUCCCGCUUACGAUGGCCACCCUCACGCACGCCCACCCAGCCUUCCGCCGAACGGUAUCGGAGUGGUAGUGCCCGGUGGAAAACCUGCUUACUCGUUUCAUAUGAGCGGCGAGGGACAACUGCUACCGGUACCGUUUCCUUCCGACGCGCUCAUCGGUCCGGGCAUACCGAGACACGCCCGUCAGAUCAACACCCUCAAUCAUGGCGAAGUUGUAUGCGCAGUUACUAUUUCAAACCCUACCAAAUACGUAUACACCGGCGGUAAAGGAUGCGUCAAAGUGUGGGAUAUAAGUCCAACAGGCGGAAAAGCUCCGAUAAGUCAAUUGGAUUGUUUGCAAAGAGACAACUAUAUUCGAUCGGUGAAACUUCUGCCAGAUGGUCGCACUCUGAUCGUAGGCGGUGAAGCGUCUAACCUGUCCAUAUGGGAUUUGGCCAGUCCAACACCUAGGAUUAAAGCCGAACUGACAUCGUCUGCGCCGGCAUGUUACGCAUUAGCCAUAAGACCGGAUUCCAAAGUGUGCUUCAGUUGCUGUUCAGACGGCAACAUUGCUGUGUGGGACUUGCAUAACCAGACAUUGGUCAGGCAGUUUCAGGGUCACACCGACGGAGCGUCGUGUAUCGACAUUAGUUCCGACGGCACGAAAUUGUGGACCGGCGGGUUGGAUAACACAGUUCGCAGUUGGGAUCUACGGGAAGGAAAACAAUUGCAGCAGCACAAUUUCAGUUCGCAAAUUUUCUCUUUGGGUUAUUGUCCAACCGGAGAGUGGCUGGCAGUGGGUAUGGAGAAUUCACACGUUGAGGUACUUCACGCCAGCAAACCAGACAAAUACCAGCUACAUCUUCACGAGAGUUGCGUGCUCAGUUUAAAGUUCGCCAUGUGUGGCAAAUGGUUCGUUUCUACGGGAAAAGACAAUCUAUUGAACGCUUGGAGGACGCCUUACGGAGCCAGUAUUUUUCAGUCCAAGGAAUCAUCGAGCGUAUUGAGUUGCGACAUCUCGACAGAUGACAAAUAUAUAGUGACAGGCUCGGGUGACAAGAAAGCGACGGUCUAUGAAGUGAUGUAUUAAAUUAUUUGAAACUAAGGAAAAGUAUAAUUUGUCUCAGGAUUUUUCGUUGUAGCUUCUUUUUAAUCGGUAUUUUCUUUAACUCGAAAAGGUUGUUUCAAUAAAAUGAAUAUUUUACUAAUAAUAUAAACAGCCGAAAUUGCAUUGUUUGAUCCAUUAUCGUUUCCAGAUCGAUACCGACACUGUAAAUUUAGAUUUUAAGUAAAAUAAAACUGUUUUUUUGU